UUUCAGGAAGAGAGCAGCACCUGUCGCUUCGUGGGACAUCGCAGCAAAGCGCCCCGGAGGAGGAAGGAACCUUCCGCGUCUCACGUCAGGAGCAAACAUGCAGAGCACAAGCUCCCCGGGAGGCAGCGUCCUCUCCGAGGACCAGUUCACCUGCUCCAUCUGCCUGGAGGUGUUCGUGGAGCCCGUCUCCACGCCCUGCGGACACAGCUUCUGCAAGGCCUGUCUGCAGGGCUACUGGAACCACAGCAAGAAGUUCCUGUGCCCCAUGUGCAAGAAGAACUACCCCAAGAGGCCCGAGAUGAGCGUCAACAGGGUCCUGGCCGAAAUCUCCUCCCAGUUCCAGGGGCUGAUGCUGUCCGGCGGAGGAGGCGGUGGCGGUGGUGGUGGUGGUGGUGGGGGGGGCGGAGGGGCCCCGCGAGGGUCCACGCUCAACCUGGCCCGCGACGCCAGCCCCGGGGGCUCCCAGGCGCCCGGCAGCGGGGACUUUGCCCGCGCCGGGGAGGUCCCCUGCGACGCCUGCAUCGGGAGGAAGGUGAAGGCCCUGAAGUCGUGCGUGAACUGCCCCGGGUCCUUCUGCGAGGUCCACCUCCGGAACCACAGGAAGGUGAAGUCCCUGGUCUCUCACCGCCUGAUCGAACCCACCUUCCACCUGGAGGAGAAGAUCUGCAAGAAGCACGAGCGUCUCCUGGAGGUCUACUGUCGCACGGACCACGCCGCCAUCUGCGCGGCCUGCGCCGAGUCCACGCACAAGUCCCACGACGUCGUCUCCGUGGACCACGAGUGGAAGAAGAGGAUGAGUAAUCUGGCCAGGAAGAAGUCGGAGGUGAAACAUUUGAUCAAGGAGAGAGCCAAGAAACUGGAGGAGAUCAAACAGUCCAUCAAGGUCAUCAAGACCAGCUCUCAGAGGGAGCUGGAGGAGAGCUGGCAGGUGUACGCCGAGCUGCAGCGCCUGGUGGAGCAGAGCCAGGCGGAGCUGGUGGAGCUGAUCGCCGCGAGGCAGCGGGAGGCCGAGCGCCACGCCCAGGAGCUCGCCCGGGGCCUGGAGAACGAGCUCAGCCAGCUGAGGAGGCGGAGCAACGAGCUGGAGGCGCACGCGCAGACGCAGGACAAGGUGGUCUUCCUGCAGAACCUGGCAAUGCUGUCGGCCUCGCCGGAGCCCACCGAUUGGUCGGCGGUCAGCGUCAACACUGACCUCUACCUGGGGACCAUCCGCUCCUCCGUCAGCGGCCUGGUGGAUCGGCUGCAGGAAGAGCUCAAGAGACUCUACGGGAAAGAGCUCCGGAAGGUCCAAAACUAUUCGACCGAGGUGAUUCUGGACCCCGUCACGGCCCAGAGGAACCUGGUGGUGUCCGACGACGGCUGCCAGGUGAGGUACGAAGAGCGCAAGGCCGUCCACGCCGAGGGCCCGCGGCGCUUCAGCCCCGCCCUCUUCGUCAUGGCCCGAGAGGGCCUCGGCCCCGGGCGCCACUACUGGGAGGUGGACGUCGGGCGCAAGACGGCCUGGACGCUGGGCGUGGCCAGCGGCUCGGCCCGCCGCAAGGGCGAGAUCAAGCUGAGCCCCGAGGGCGGGUUCUGGUGCCUGUGGCUGAAGAACGGCGAGGUGAAGGCCCUGGCCUCGCUGCGCAUGCCUCUGCCGCUGCCGGCCCCGCCCAGUAAGGUGGGCGUGUUCCUGGACUACGAGGCGGGCCAGGUGUCUUUCUACGACGUGAAGGCGCGCGUGCAUCUCUACACCUUCGUGGACACCUUCAGCGAGAGCCUGUACCCGAUCUUCAGCCCGUGCCUCCACCAGGACGGGAAGAACUCGUCGCCUCUCCUCAUAUCGCCGGUCAAACACACCUGAGGGGCGGGCAGCCAAAUCGGGAGGCGGGCCGCUCGGGCCAGCUCGCAAGGCGCUUCCCCUCAAACGACCGUCCAACCAAUGGACUGAAAACACAGCGAUUUGCCAGCAGUAAAACCCAUCCUCAUCGUACUUUAUUGACACGUUAUUGCAUCCGCUCAGGUAAAACCAGGCUUAUUGCGUAUUACUGAGAGAUAUUGAUCUUUUAAUUACUAGGUUAAUAGGUAAAGUUCACUUCGUUGUUACUUAGUGUACCUCUCCUCUCAAAUUGUAUCUAAAACAAGCCGAUAUCUUGGAGUAAAAACAUGCAAAGGACUAGAGAGGAUUAUUCUGACCCUUUGACCUUUUAACAGCCGUGUAUCAGCUGGGUGUGGUGACAGUAAUGCUGUUCUAAUCUUUUUUACAAGACUUGGAAAGUUUACAGAAGAAAGGAAGAUAAAUAGAUGUAGAUUUACGGUCUGAAGGCCGUCCAAGUUGACCAGAUAAGAGAAUUCUGUACAUACUGUAGGAGGUUUUUAUUUCUUAUUUUAUAAUCCAUUAUGGUUUUAGGGCCGUGAAAGUACGUUCUGAAUAUAUAUAUCAAAUAUGUUAUUUUGUAUCAAUCAGAACUUGUUCAUUAAAGAAUAAAUUCA